AAUGAUUACAUUUUUUUUUUAGCAACACCAACAAAUGAUUACAAUAUUUUCUAAAAUCUAUCCACCAAAGACCAUAUAUAUGAAAUGUACAAUUUUGCGUUAUUUUUUUCUUUGAUAAUUAAAACAAUCUUGUAUUGUAUUGGAUUAGUUAGACUAUAUCUUUAUGUCAUUAAUUCUGGUUGCUUCACUUCUUCUUCUUUUUUUUUGCCAACUGGUAUUUUAUUGAACAAAGUAUUAAAAACAAAAAAAGACCUAAAAGAGUACUCAGCCUAUGACUCUAUGAGAUUAUGCAAUAAACAAAACAAAGAGAUCGCUGGUUUAAAAUGAAUUGUCUUUUUUUUGGUACGAAAUUGAAUUGUCUUUUUUAUACCUAAAGCUAAUUUGUUAUUCAAGCCAAUACUUUGGGAAGCUAGAUGCCUAGAUUCACACAGUUGCAUACACAGGCAGACAUACAAGGAUCGAGCCACUAAGUCUGGAAUUUUUUAUUACAGCAUAGCUCUUGUUUUUAAAGUCAUUAUGGUUUGAUUAUGAUUUUUGUGAUAUUUAUAUAUGUAGCUAACACUAUUUAAUAGUUUAAAAAUAUAUGGCUAGUAAACUAAAAGUAAUUGGUUAUUUCUCAAUUAUAAAUAAUAAUUUAUAUAUGAAAAAAAAAUUGUGCAGAAAUUAAAAAUAUAUGAGUUUUCUGCUAAUUUUGUAAAAUGUUCAAAAUGUUAAAGGUCAUAUUCAUACAAUUUUUUUCCCUAUUCCUAGCUUUAACAUAAAAUAAAAAGUUAGUCCAUCCAUACACUAAGAAGCUCUUAAUCAUAUUUACGAAGACUAGCUUUUAAAAAAAAUUCCAUUAGACUUCUUGAAAGUACUUAGAAAUUUAACACGAACAAUACAAAAAGGCGAAUUGUUGAUUUGCAGAAAUUUCCUCACGACAACCACCAAAUUUCUCUAAGCAAGAACAGCGCUUUAGAUCAUUCAAUUUCAAACCUCCUCGAAACUAAACCAACAUUCAAAACCACGUGCUCCCUAAUAAAAUUUAUACCCGGUCCGAAUUAAUUAAACCUGACCCGACGGGAAUAACCUUAUAAAUAUUCCCAUGCAAAAAAAAAAAACAAACAACUCCAAACACUCUUCAUCAAAAUUAUUAUUAUUUUAUGAUUUAAUUUGUUUUGUAAUGCAAAUAAAUUAAGUCCUAUAUGAACUGCAAGUAAUAUUUAUAGUGCUUUCUUGUUCUGGGAUUAAAAAGUUAAAUGUUAAAUAAAUACAUCACUAUUUUCCAUUUUAAAUGAAUUGGAUUUAUUUUACACAUUCAAAGUUAAUAGCGUGUCCAUUCAUAGAUAUAUUUUUUUUUAAUUCAAGAAGUUUUGGAAUUCAAAACUGACACCUGCACCCUAAGAGUAGAAAGUUUUAUCAGUAUAGCUACCAACUCCGGCUAAGUGUUAUAUUUUUCUUCAAAUAUCUUAGCAAUAAAAGAAAAAAAUAAAAAAAAAAUAAAGGAAAGAAACCCAACUGUUCAUCAAACAAGAUUUUGAGAUACCCAUUAUAAUUUUUGUGCCACAUGUUUAGUUACAAGUGGUUUUAUUCUUUAAAACUGAUAAAACAUAAUCAACCACAAAACGCUUUAUAAAUAAGCCCAUGCAACACACACAAAUCAAAGUUAAAAAACUCUUCAUAAAAUCAUUCCUCUCAUAAUCUCUCUCAAUGGCUUCUAACCACACUAAGCUUACUUCUUCCAGAGUAGCGAUCAUCGGUGCUGGUGUCAGCGGUUUAUCAGCCGCUAAGCACUUAGCUCAUCACAACCCGAUCGUUUUCGAAGCCUCGGAUUCGGUCGGAGGUGUUUGGAAGAGCUGCACUUACGAGACGACUAAGUUACAAUCGGCUCGAGUCGAUUACGAGUUUUCUGACUUUCCAUGGCCCAAUAGAGAUGAUACAACUUUCCCAUCAUACAUUGAGAUAUUGGAAUACUUGGAAUCUUAUGCUAAGCAUUUUGAUCUCCUCAAGUUCAUGAAGUUUGGUUCUAAGGUCAUCGAAGUUAAGUACACCGGCGAAGGCGAUGCCCUACAGAUGGUUGACCUCGGUGGUUCCGGUAGCUUGUUGCCCGGAAAACCUGUAUGGGAAGUUGCUGUUCAGAACUUAGAUGCUAGAGAUAUUCAGUGGCAUGCAUUUGAGUUCGUGGUGGUGUGCACCGGAAAAUUCGGCGACGUACCAAGAAUACCAACGUUUCCGGCGAAGAAAGGGCCGGAGAUAUUCAAAGGGAUAGUGAUGCAUUCAAUGGAUUACUGCAAGUUAGAGAAAGAAGAAGCUUCUUAUCUCCUCCGUGGCAAGAAAGUUGCGGUCAUUGGCUUCAAGAAAUCCGCCAUUGAUUUGGCUUUAGAGUCUGCUAUAGCCAAUCAAGGAGAAGGAGGACAAGCAUGCACAAUGGUGGUGAGAACAACACACUGGGUGUUCCCGCAUUAUUGGGUGUGGGGGUUGCCAUUUUUCUUGUUCUACUCUACCAGAGCUUCUCAAUUCCUUCAUGAUAGGCCUGACCAAAGCUUCCUAAGAACUCUCUUUUGCUUCAUAUUCUCUCUUCUGCGUGCCGUGGUUUCUAAAUUCAUCGAAUCAUAUGUUACGUGGAAGCUUCCUCUAGAAAAAUAUGGUCUUAAACCGGACCAUUCUUUUGAAGAAGACUAUGCUUCUUGUCAAAUGGCGAUCAUACCGGAGAAUUUCUUCGAGGAAGCGGAUAAGGGUAUGAUUCGGUUUAAGAAAACAUCAAAAUGGUGCUUUUAUGAUGAAGGGAUUGAGUUUGAGGAUGGGACUACGCUAGAAGCUGAUGUUGUGAUACUCGCAACUGGUUAUGAUGGCAAGAAGAAGCUCAAGGCCAUUGUUCCUGAACCCUUUCGAACUUGGCUUGAGUUUCCAUGCGGUGUUAUGCCUCUAUACAGGGGAACAAUCCAUCCAUUGAUACCAAACAUGGGCUUCGUGGGAUACGUUCAAAGCAACUCAAACCUACAUACAUCAGAGCUACGUUCCAUGUGGUUAAGCCUGCUUGUUGAUGGGAAAUUCGAAUUACCGAGCCAAGAGCAAAUGUUGGAUCAAUUCUCCAAGGAAAUGGAAGUGAUGAGAAGAUCGAGCAGAUUCUAUAAACGACAUUGCAUUUCUACUUUCAGCAUCCAACAUGCUGAUGAUCUGUGUAAUGACAUGGGACUCAAUCCUUGGCGUAAAUCCAACUUGUUCCUCGAAGCCUUUAGUCCUUAUGGUUCUCAGGAUUAUCGACUUGCUCAAGAAGAAACUAAUAUUUGAAUAUAAUAGUACUGAAGAAAUAUAUAACGAAUUGUUGCAUUUGAUGGAUUAUGUAUACUGUGUACAAUUAUAAAACUGUACUGGCGAGUCAUUGAAUAAAUCAUGUAUGUACGACUACAUGAGCUUUUAUUGUCAAAAUAAUUUUUAAUACUCUUUUAAUUAUUUAACCAGAUAUUGACGCGUGGAUAUUGGUUCUUACAUUUUUAUACAUUGAUAUUUGUUUUUCAUAAUUAGUGUUAUAUAUUUUAGAUGAGUCGUAAUAUAACUACUUGUAUUCAAAAGAUCUGAACCGAAUCAGAUAAUAUGGUUAUUUUUGAUACAAAUAUCCGAACCCGUUUCAGAUACAUUUGCUAUUUAGAAUUUUUUAAGUUUAUAUACAUCAUAACCAAAUUCAUCCACACCUAGAAAUACCCAACUAAAAACUCACACAUAAAUUUAAUAUAUUCAAGCGGGUCUAGUUUAAAAAAAACAAAA